GCGUUUACGCGCGCGCGUACUACGAUGAUUGACAAGCGUUUCACGUGUGUGUUUGGAACGGGAUAAUUUUCGUUGGAAUUUCCACUUUUGCCCAAUAAAUGCGUUGACAAAAGUGUACUGCCAGACUGCCACCAAUCAGUCAUGAGUAGAGGACGUGGUGGCAAAAGAUCCUUGGGUGACAAUGGCUGGGGAGAAUGGGGGGGUUAUAUGAAUGCCAAGAAACAGAAGCUAGCUGAACAGUUCACGGAAGACACUCCUCGAAACAUUGAGAUAGCUGGAGCUGCAACAGGCUCACGCAUAUUUGAUGGGGUUACCAUUCAUGUCAAUGGAUACACAGUGCCAUCAUCUGAUGAGCUGAAGCGUCUGAUGAUGUUACAUGGUGGUAUGUUCCAUCAUUACUACAGUAAGACCAAAGUCAGCCAUAUCAUAGCUACCAGACUUCCCUAUGCUAAGAUCAAGGAACUCAGAGAUGAGAAAAUUGUCAAGCCAGAGUGGAUUACUGACAGUAUAAAAGCAGGAAAGUUGCUGCCAGAUAACCCUUACCAGCUGUACACUAAUAGAACAACCUCCCAGGGCACACUCCAGUUCACAGGCUUGAAGAAAGAUGCCUCAACAGAAGCAAACAAGCCUGAACAUACAGCAAGUGAGCAUACAGCAAGUGAUACUAGUGGGAGUAGAGUAAGCAAUCAAGGAACCAGACUACGAAGUCCAGAAGGCCACAGUAUGGUGGAGUUUCUAGACAAGAGUUACGCAUCCAUUGCCUUGCCGAGUCCUUCGUCUUCUACCAGUUCAGUCAGUGCCCAGUCCAUGGAUCCACCAUCUCUUGGAACCACCACCACAAGGGAUCAGUCGCCUCCGUCUAUGGGAGGUAGCAAGGGUCCUGCUAAGGCCGGCGAUGCUAACUUUGUGUCUGAGUUUUACAGCAACUCACGUCUGCAUCACAUAUCCACGUGGGGGGCUGAGUGCAAGGCUUUUGUGAACAAGCUGCAGAGCAGUGGCGACACCAGCUUCCCGGCACGGGAGAAAUUGCGACGACUCAUCGAAGAUCAAAGCGACUUCUCAUCUGGCUCAUCGGGGGAAUCACAACCCAUUCAAAAACAUGCAGCUGAUACAGAAAAUGAGGGAGAUCCCACAUCAAGGACACAAGAACUCCAAGGUCAUCUUACAAGAGCAAAUCACGGGAAGGCAGGGAAAUCCAAACGUGUCAUCAUGCAUGUUGAUAUGGACUGCUUCUUUGUAUCGGUUGGUUUGCGCAACCGCCCAGACCUGGUGGGGAAACCUGUGGCUGUGACUCACUCCAAGGGGAAGGGCAUGCCUGAUGCAAACCAGGAAACUAGACAAUAUGAGAAGGAAUACUAUGCAAAUAAAUACAAACAGGAUGGUGCCAAGGCAAUGAAGAGUCGGCAUGUGGACAUAGCCAAGACAUUCAUACAGGAGACAGAGGAUGCUUCGAGAGUCACAGUCUCACCAGAAGAGCCAGCAGGUUCUGUAGACCCCACCAUAGCGAGUGCUCAAACCUAUCUAGGAGAAGCAUCCUCAUUUGGGGACCAACCUUCAAGAUUACCUGGACAAUCUACAGAUUCUAACGUCCAGUCCGUGCCAGUGGAGGGAGCCAAGCCACAGACAAUCAGAACCCAGUCCGAGACUUUCAAUUCCAUGGCAGAGUUAGCCAGUUGUAGCUACGAGGCACGCAAGGCUGGAGUCAAGAAUGGUAUGUUUAUGGGAGAGGCCAGAAAGCGCUGCCCAGACCUGCAGACAAUACCCUAUGACUUUGAGGGAUACAAGAGUGUCUCACAGACACUAUACGAGACUGUCGCAAGUUACACCCAUGAGAUAGAGGCUGUUAGUUGUGACGAGAUGUUUGUUGAUGUGACUAGCAUACUGGAAGACACAGGGGCUACACCCCUAGACCUUGCACGGGUACUCCGUCAAGAGAUUAAAGAGAAGACGCAGUGUAAUGCUUCAGCAGGACUUGCUUGUAAUAUUCUGCUGGCACGUAUGAGCACAAGGAAAGCCAAACCCAAUGGACAGUUCUUCCUGGCAUCUGAGGAUGCAAUGGACUUCAUGAAACACCAGCCUGUUAAAGAUAUACCGGGGGUAGGGAGGUCCAUGGGUGCUCGUCUGAAGACCAUGGGCAUAGGAACCUGUGGUGACUUGCAGAACCUGUCACUUAGUUCCCUACAGAAGGAGUUUGGACCCAAGACCGGCCAAUCAUUGUACAGCUACUGUCAGGGGAUAGAUGAUCGACCAAUCAGAGUGGAGCGAGAACGGAAGUCAGUCUCGGCCGAGAUCAAUUAUGGAAUUAGGUUCACUCAGAACAGCGAGGCCAUCAAGUUUGUCAGUGAGCUUGCAGAGGAGGUACAUCGGCGACUGACUGCUAUCCAGAUGAUGGGCAAGACAGUCACACUCAAGCUCAAAGUCCGCCAGGCAGGCGCCCCUAAGGAAGCCUCCAAGUUCAUGGGUCAUGGCAUCUGUGAUAAUCUAGCCAAGUCAACCACAUUGGCCCAGGCUACUGACAAACUGAGCAGGAUUCAGCAAGAGUGUAAGGCACUGUUGGCUCAGAUGCGCAUAGAUGCGUCAGACUUGAGAGGGGUUGGCAUUCAAAUAAGUCGCCUCUCAUCAUCCAGUACCUCAGCCAGUUCCUCAGCAUCCAACAGCAAGUUACUUCUGGACUUUGUCAAACCAAUGGCAAAAGCAUCAACUACUGCACCAGCCACUGCUACAGAACAAACCAGAGACCAAGCUGUGAAAGACAAGAAAGCGGCUGGUACAAUACUGGACUAUGUUUCAAAACAGAAAUCUGCAUCUACUGGCCAAGACAUCCCAGUUCCUGUCCCUGGCCUUCCCCAACCAAAGAAGACUCCACUACCCCCUUUGCCUACCUUCCAACCCAGCACUCCAACACUUCCAUCAAGAGCAGCGGUAACCAGACAGAUACAGCAUGAACAGUUCUGCCUGCCAUCACCAUCUCAGCUAGACCCUACAGUACUGGCUGCUUUGCCUGCAGACAUCAGACAGACAAUAGAGAGGACCUAUGAAGCACAGAAAGAACAACGAGAUAGCAGAUCUGAGGGCCGGCCUAGUGUGUGUACAUCCAGCUCCAGCAGUAACAGCACAUCUCUGGAUCGUACAAAACCUGAGCACUCCAAAUCCUCAACCAGUAUGCAAGCCUCAACAUCCCAUCAAUCAAGACCGAGCAUUGUGAGCGGCAAAGAGGAAAAUGGGCACACUGCCAACAAUCAAAGCACCAAUGGAAGCUCAGCUGUUCAUAAAUCUACAAACACUGAUCUAUAUCACAAACACGCUCAAAUUCCUGUUGCAGCACAUUCCUCCAGGACAGCCACAAACAGUGAAAGAACAGUGAUGGACCAACCCAGUACUUCAAAUGGUACAACCCGUAUUGGCACAGGCCAACACCAGCCCAGUACGUCAUCUGGCAUAGACCAUUCUCAUCUUGGGUAUGAUCCAAGUGUAUUGAAGGAACUGCCAGCAGACAUUGUGCGGGAGUUAAUGGAGCAAGAAGGGGGUGGAAAGAGGCAACCAGACCAGGGGCUGAAUGAGUUGGUGACAGUGCAAGAUGAAGACGUUGUGGGUCCUGUGGAAGCACUGCCAUCAUUUUCACAGAUUGAUCCAUCUUGUAUGGAGGCCCUCCCAUCUGAGCUACAAAAGGAACUGCAACUGGCCUAUCAGAGACAGCAGACUACAUCCCAAGAACCAAGCCCCACAAAGGCCUCCUCAGCACCCAGGACGAGUCCCUUCAAGCUGCAUAGGAGGAGGGGGAGACCACGCAAGUCUAGUCCUCGUAAGGGUGCCAAGCAGGGCUUUAAGAUCCCAGGAAUGGUGGGCAUUCUGGAGAUGAUUACUGGUGUCAAGAGCUCACCAGCUGGGAAGGCUGGAAAUGGCUCGAUCAGCUCCACAGGACCUCAUUCUGAUGCACCUACAGCUGAUGGCAAUCAGGAUGUACAUGGUAGCACUAACGCGGAUGAUGUGAUGCAGACAGCAACCAAGGAACCUGUCAAUCUCUGUGGUGCUGUGGCAUUAUGGGAUGUCAAAGCAUUGCUGAAAGAAUGGACCACAUCAGUAGAAGAACCAGGAGAUGAGGAUAUUGAUCAUCUGACUCUAUACCUGAAUGAUCUCAUACUGGAUAGAAACAUGAAGAUGGCGGACUUGGUCCUACGGGCCAUGAGAAGAUUGGCCAGUCGAAUGGAAUCCACCUCACCAUGGAGAGAUGCCUAUCAGAUGAUAGAGGACCGAGUACAAGACACCGUCUCACAGAUCUACUGCAGCAAACUCAAGAUCAUGUAAUGUUCUCAACUUUCAAACAAAUAAUUAAAUUGCAAUUUUGCCAAAUGUGCAACUAUUUUAUUGAAGCAGUGAAUAUGUCAAAAUCACCAUAGGCCUUAUGCCUUAAGGCGGAGUUAGAGGGCGAUGGUUUUGUGUUGCUAGGAUAGACUUGAGUACCCUCUGAGAUACCCGCAAAGCAAAAGGUCUAUAGCAUUGGGUGAAGGCAUUGUACUGAACCCACAUGGAGGUGCAUUUUCUUGUUGUCAAAAUGAUUACUCUACAAACAGUUUUGCAAACAGUCAGUCAAGAUUGAUUGUUCAUGUGUUUAGGGUUAGACAUCAAUGCAUGCGCCAUUGAUGUCAAGGUACUACCUUCACUUGGCUCUCAUAGUACACUACAGGCUGCCCUCUACUGUUGAUGCACGGACCCUAUACCGGAGUCUGACGCCAUGUUCAGUACCAUACUGGUUUUGUUUUACAGUUUUGUUAUUCUUGUACUAAGCGAGUUCUUGCAUUCAUAAUCUUCAUCUGGUGCUCAAACUGCUCAAUUUGCUUAGAUAUUAAUCCGUGAAAGCUCAUAAUUGCUUUUGAGGGUUUUGUCCUUACCCCAAUUGAAAAAAAAUGUGUAGCAGUGAUUCUUUUGUCAAACCAGAAAUUGUCAACGCUGUUUGUUGAAAUAGCUUAGAAAAACUGAUUUAAAAAAUAGAAUAAUAAUUUGGGAGGCUAAUCAUCCUUACUCGCAGGGGAGAAAAGCCCUUGUGGCACAGGAGAAAACCAACGCACAACUCUACUCACAAGAACGAACCAGGGCCACAGUGGUGAGAGGCGAGCGCUUUACGCAGUAGCGACCUAUGCCACUUGAAUAUUAACAUGCCUCUUUUUUGUAGUAUGAUGUAAUGAAAUGAAUAUGACACCUUAGUGCAUUCCAUCACGAACUGUAAGUGGUCAUGUGCACUGAGUCAUGUGCACUGAUUAGAAUCAUCUCUAAGUGCUAAUAACUACAUGUACAUCUUCCUUCUGUCUUUCAAAGUCUUCCAAGUUGUUAUGAUUAUCUCUGGAUCAUCCUGCAGGUGUAAUCUUUCUUUAUCCUUUCUUUAUCGUUUAUGUAUCAUUUUGUCUACUUUUGUAGUACAGAAAUACAGUUUAAUAAUCCACUCACAAUAUAACAAAAACACUUCCAAACUUUUGUGAAAUCGAACGAACUCUAUCGAAACUGUUGUCAACUUAUUGAAACCUUAAUUUUAAACUUGCUUGAAACAUUCUCAAAACUUUUGACUAACAAGGGCAUGCGGGGUCUAGGCGACGAGGUCAUACACUCUUUCUUCCUUCUUGACGCACAGUAGGACACCCUUGGCAUAGGUAGUAGUCGUUACGGUUUCCUUGAUCUGUUCGACCUUGCCAUCCAGCAGCUUCUUCAGGGGCUGCAUCACGAUUCUUUCGGGCUGGUCUUUGGGCUGGCUCUUGGAUGGCGCCUCCUCGUCAUCAUUUACAAACAAAUGUCCACAAACUACAGAACAAGGCAAAGGGCAAAGCAAUAGGCCUACCUUGCUGUUCUCUCAUUUUGUUUCUUUAGGCCCUAGAGCUAUCAAUGUUUGUUAGAUUUGUUUUAAUAUGAAGGCCAAGGAAUGCGGCCCCAUUUUUAAUAAAGUUAAAUUGGGCCAUGAAAAUAUGUUCUGGUCAGUUUGAUAGAAUCGUAAAUAUUCUUUCUGAAAAAAAACUCUAAAACUACCUUCAGUAAGCUCUGACAUUUUGUAGCGGGAAUUCACGAAAUCCCCAACCGUGUAUCUGCUAGAACAUGCAUCUCUGUCAUGCAGCUUGCAGUGGCAGAGAAACCCCAUAGCUUUCCUCCGGUGACCGUUGGCCCUAUUUCCAGCUUCAACCUCUUUGUCUGGUUCAAUCUCAACAUUUAUCAGGGGUUGAUCUGGUUCUUCUGACUCUGUAUCAGAUUCUUCAUUCGAAGAAUGAAUUUCGAGUUCAUCGAGAGAAGAAUCAGGGUCCUCCUCUUUAUUGACGAUUUGUUGUCGGAACCGAAACAAUCAGCUGUGUUUCAGCUGGGCGAGCUGAAGUAAACUCUCCACAAGUCUGCCCUCUAGACCAAGGAUAUUGGCGCUUUGGAGGUCAUUCAUGGCCUCAGCAAACCGCUGUUCUCGAUCUCCCAUGUUUGCUUUGGUUUUAUCAAAUGAUUACCCAAAAAAACGGAGCAAUUGAGUCGCAAAAAGGUCAUAUUUGUAAUGAGUAAGAAUUCACAGUACACGCACAGCAUAAAAUUGGCAGCCCAGUGAGCCAUGACUACAUGCCUUAUGCACAUGUGCAAUUUAGCAAUGCUAGGGUAUUGUCUAAUUACAUGGGCACUUCCCACACGUGACCCAAAGUAAACACUUCCUUAGAUACAAGCAGCUCUGAACGGUACGUUGUUUACAUGUGUAAAUCAGUAAUUUACUUAUUAGCAUAAGGCCUUUGACCCAUGUUUUGCCCAUAUUUGGAGAGAGGAAGAUCACAGCUUUCAGUCAAUACCAUUUUGUGCAUGUAGGAGGUGCGUUUUCCCAACAAAAAAAAAGAAACGUCGAAGUAGCAUUUAUAAGGGCCUUUUUACUGAAACAAUGGACAAUUUAAUUCAAAAGGGUCCACAAACACGUUCAUUUAUUCCUCUUUAAAGAUCAAAAACAAUAUUUCUAAUUAAUAAAUAUGAAAAUAAGGAUACCAAAGAAGCAAAAUAAAAUCAAAUCCGAAUAACGAUUUUCUACGUUAUUUUUUUCAACCUCCCAACUUUGAACCACCCUGUACAUGGAAAUAGGCUGUGAGAGAAGCGACUCAUUUCUGCAGAGCCUGUCACAUGUUUGUUUUGAGGGAGAGUCCCGUAAAAAAAACCUGUCAAGAAAGAAAUCAUA